AUGAUUAAUACAACAACUCAUUUUCGAAAUUCAUCGAGAAAUUGCAACAUGAAUGGUAGUCAAAACGAUCAAGCAUCUUCAUUAAGGAAGGAAGAAGCAUUUGAUAAUCACAUACCCUUGCAAUCAUCGUUAGGUCCAACGACUUCUACAAAUCAUUUGCUUACACCAACUUCAACUCCAACAACACAGCGAAGGAAUCGUCGAAUUUCUAAUUUAUUUCAACGGCCUAAAGAUCAUGGACACGAUGACAAGUCACAUCGAUCAACUGCUGAUAUUAAUAUGGGCAUGGGCCGAGCAAUACCAGUAAAACAAGGUCAUCUGUAUAAAAGAAGUAGUAAAACGUUGAAUAAAGAAUGGAAGAAAAAAUAUGUUUGUCUCCAUUCUGAUGGUCGUCUUUCUUAUCAUCAGACUUUAAAGGAUUAUAUGGAGAAAGAUACGAAUGGUAAGCAAGUAUUCUUAGGAUUAGCAACAGUACGCAUUGCUGGACGUCAAGGACCGCGAACGACACAACGUACUCAAAUGCAUUUAAUUCCGGGAUCAAGUCAAGAUUAUCAUAUUAGUAAAGAUACUGGUAAUUGUAAGAGGGAUUCGUUUGAUCCAAGUAUGAUGCAGCAGCAUACAAUGAGCAUCGCAAGUACGAGUGAGAUGGGAAUUUCCACUCUUCAUGAAAAUAAGGCAGCUAUCGAUGAACAGUGCGUUAAUUGUGAGGGAACAUCUGGUGGUAGUGAUGAUCAGUUGCAGAAUGCGCAACCUUUGACUACUAGUACUGGCAGCUCAGUCGUAACUACUCUUGCUGCAGUUGCUACAAGUGCUGGUAAGAAAAAGAAAGGCCAUCGUAGAUUAGGACAAUCUGCUAAAAAUGAUGAAGAAGAUGACUGCGAAUUCGAAAUUGUUACUUGUGAUCAGAAGCGUUGGGAAUUUUUAGCCACUUCAGUUGAGGAACGCGAUGAAUGGGUUAUAGCGAUUGAAGAACUCAUUGAAAAGUCUCUGCAGUCUCAAAUGUGUCAAAAACAUCACAGCGAUAACCUUACGCAUGGCAACAAAACCAAAGUACAAGCAUUGCGACAAGUGCCAGGAAACGAUAAAUGCGCUGAUUGUGAUGCUCCGAAACCGGAUUGGGCGUCACUAAAUUUAGGAACGUUAAUAUGUAUUGAAUGCUCAGGAAUUCAUCGAAAUCUUGGCUCGCAUAUAUCAAAAGUUCGCUCACUUGCUUUGGAUAACUGGCCAAGUGAGUAUUUGAGUGUGAUGGAAGCGAUUGGCAAUAAAAAAGCAAAUGCUGUUUGGGAACACACUGCUCCUCUUGGAAAAAAGCCAUUACCAGGAUCAUCACGUGAGGAAAAAGAAAGAUGGAUUAAGGUGAAAUACGAAGGGAAGCGUUUUCUGCCACCAAUUUUAAAUGAUCAACCGCUUGGACGACAACUUCUUGAUGCUGUUUUCAAUAACGAUCUCAAUGCGGUACUGCCAGUUUUACCCCGCUGUAGUAGUCCCGACCUUAGGACAACAGUUGAUUCGAGUGACAAGCGUACAGCGUUGCACAUUGCAUGUUCAAAUGCUUCUGCGGCUUGUACACAGCUUCUUGUUUGGUAUAAUGCUGAUUUUCGGAUGCUGGAUGAAAUGGGCCGCUCGGCUUUAUGGCAUGCACGAACAUCUGGUGCAUUAGAUUGUGCGGAAAUUUUACUUAAAGCAGGCUUAGACCCGAAACAUGGGAUUCCAGAUGAAACAGAAAUGAUAACUGGUUCAUUAUCAUCUCGAGAAUUUUGCAAUCCUAGUGAUAAGUUGAUAAUCAAUUGCGCCAAAUUAAGACGUCAAUCAGAUGUUGUGGUUCGUCGAAUCUCACCUGGGCAAAGUACAAUGGGUUCAGCUACUUCAACCUCAAACGGUUUUCAGCAGCGGAAUUCGGAUGCUUUCGAACGUCUACCAGCAAGCGUUAUAUGA